AUGGAAUCCCCCGCUCUACCGGUCCCGUUGGAUCCCCAGGAGCAGCCCAUUGUCGAGCGCCUACUCGAACUUCGCGAUGCUCUUCUGCUUCUGAAGCAAGACAAAUCGUCUUACAUCAAAUCUCGCGAUGUUAUCCCAAUCUAUGAGCAGGUUGUCAAUGAAGUGGAGAAGCUUAAUGCGGCUCGAAAAGGUCAAGAGCGCCAUUUGAUCCACAAUAGUUUGGACUAUGCUCUGGAUGACUGUUUCCAGUUGAUUUCUCUGCUGUUCUUGACAGUGGGUAAGAAUAAUGAAGCACCAGCUGUUUACUCGUUAGCAACCACCAUCCAGCGUCUCCUCGACCACCUCAAGGAAGCCGGGUUCUACAGCUCCAAAGAUUUGAAAUCCAUUACAAAGACACUCGAGUCCAUGCGCGAAACUCUCGAACGGGGUCGCAAUACCUACUCUCCAGCCAUUCUUACACUUCUUGAACGCCGGUUGGAACACUGUCAGGUUUCUCUGGCCGGCCUGCAGGAAGGAUUAGCUUCGGUCAGCCCACAAUUAGUCCACACGCACGAGACUCUUAUCUCUAUUUUGCGCUCCACAUCUGCUGCGAAUACUCGCACCAAGUUCUCCGCUACCGAAGUUAACAACCUCCGCGAACAAUUAAAGAAGAUCGAGAAGCACAUGAAAGAUGGUGACUUUGUGGAUGCCGAAGGCAAUAUUGUGCCUGGACAAGACGAGGUCAAGAACCUGCUCCCGCGUUGCUGGCGCUGGACUGAAUCUGUCCUGGAGCGAAAGGGAAUAAUCGAUGAGCGGUUCAAGGAGCAAUAUGAACGUCUUUUUGACAUCCGCAAUCAACUCGAUCGGCUGUCGGUGACACAGGCAUGGUCACUGCGAGAGACAGAUCUAUUCGGAUACCAGCGCAAACUCGACCGAAUCGACGAGGCACGGGUCAAUGGUAACUUUGUUGAUGCCGAGGGUCAGCCCGCAGAUCUCCAUGCUCAGCGAACAUUGCUGUACCUCAUCCGCCGCAGUUAUGCCUACAUCUAUGCAUUGUUGAUUUCAUCUGAGCCCGUUUCCGAAGCAUUGCUUCCAGUCUAUAACCAACUUCAGACAACUCGCCGAUGUCUAAUUGAGGUCAAGGAAUCUGGCGGUGUGUCUACCCCACGCGAGCUCUAUCCAUACAGCAUGAAACUGAACUCGAUUGACAACAUGCGCGUUGAUGGAAAGUUCUACGUCGGCAGCGACAUUCCCGAGGGACAAGGAAGUAUCAACGCUCUACUCGCUGAGUGUUACGACCUUGUCUGGGAACUGCGAGCCGCAGUAGCCGAUGACGACAGCCAGUCAUAA